AUGAGCAAUCUUUUCUUUAUAUUUUGUACUCUUUUGUUUUUAAUAUUUAUCAAAAGAUGCUCCGGUUGGUGUGAUGAAGGACACAUGAUAGUAAGUGCCAUAGCUUAUAAGUUUUUAAAUGAUGAGGAGAAAAGCGUUUUAGAUCAUAUAUUUAAGAAUUAUAAGGAAGAUAAAGAUUUUAAUGAUCCAGUAUUGGGCUCAGUAUGGCCUGAUCAUAUAAAAUACUUUCAUUAUAAUUACCCUAAUAAAAUUAGAAGAAUUGAUGGUUUGGAGUUAAUGAAUAAAUGGCACUUUGUAAAUAUACCUUAUAAUCCUACAAAUAUAAAAUUAGAUAUGUAUCAAAAAGAAUAUUAUAAAAGAACAGAUAAUGCUAUAACUAUUUUAAAAAGUAUAUUUAAAUCAUUAAAGAAUGUUAAGAAAAAAGAAAAUCACGGAACCUUUUUUUCAUAUAAUUUUCUAAUAAGAUAUUUUAUACAUAUAUUUGGAGAUAUACACCAACCUUUACAUUCAUCAAGUUUUUAUAAUAAAAAUUUUCCACAAGGAGAUCGUGGAGGUACAGAUAUUUUUAUUAUGUUUAAUGAUAAAGUAGAAAAUUUACAUCACUUAUGUGAUAGUAUUUUUAAAGAAAGAAAUAAAAGUUGGCCUUAUCUAACAUCUGAUAUUAUUAAUAAAGAAGCAGAAAAAUUAAUGGAAUUAUAUCCUAAAGAUUAUUUUGCUGACAGAUUAAAACAAUCCGAAUUUAAUAAUUACUCAUAUAUAGAUUUUAUUAUUAAUGAAACAUUCGAUUUAGCUGUUGAACAUAUAUAUUCUAAUUUUCCUCUUGAUACAUUAAAUCAAAAUACUACUUAUGUUCUAAAUGAUUUUGCAAUAAAUAAUAUUAAAGAAAUGUUGACAGAACAAAUUGUCUUAGCUGGUUAUAGAUUAACACACUACUUAAAAAUUAUAAUUGAAAAUGUACCACCCGAUUUGAUAAAUACAAAUAUAUCAAAUAAUUUAUAA